AUGUCGACCACCACGAGAAACCUCCACACGGAAACAAACCCCAACAAGAAAUACACCUACCUCGCCGAAACAACCCCCCAUAUCGCCACAAUCCUCAGCUUCCCAUCCCACUGCUCGACCUUCCCCUCGCUCUACGACCGGACCUGCCGCGAGAUCGUCGAUCUAGCCGGCACAAUCGCGACCUUCGAACCAGUUCGUCUGCACGUCCGACCCGAGGACCAAGCACGGGCGCAGAAACUAGUCGAUGCACGCAUGGCUACCGAACCAGCGGAGCAUAGAAAUCGUAUCAGGCUCAUCGCCGCGCCGACGAAUCAUAUCUGGGUGCGUGAUACGGGACCCGUGUAUGUGCGUGGCGAGGACGAUGGCAAGCGAUAUGCGAUUGAUUUCCGGUUUUGCGAGUGGGGGAAUAAAGUGGGUGAGCAGAUUUAUAAUAGCAGUUCGGAUAAGGUUGCUGCGUUGAAGGAAGCAGCAGAAGAAGAGGCAGAGUCGGAUUGGCCGAUUAUGGACGAAGAAGUGCGGAAGGAGAACACCGCGUUUGCGCAGCGGGUGCUGGAACUUGAGAACGAGCUUUAUCCAGACUCACCCGUUUCCCGUGUGAUAUCCGCCGUGAGACUCGAAGGUGGAGGAAUCGAAAUGGACGGCGAAGGAACAUUCAUGGCGAUGGAGAGUAGCGUGACAGUCCCCUCUCGAAACGAAGGUUUAUCCCGAUCAACCAUCGAAACCGAACUACGCCGUCUCCUCGGAAUCAAAAAAUUCAUCUGGAUUCCCGGUCGGGAAGGCCUUGAUAUCACAGAUUACCACAUCGACGCCGAGGCACGCUUCAUUCGACCCGGUGUGGUUGUGGUAGGCAGACCGCAUCGCAAAUGUGACCAGGUCUUUUGGGAUGUGUAUAAUGAGAUGCGCGCCAUCUUGGAUACCACGACUGAUGCGCAGGGCCGCAAGUUGCAGGUUUAUGAUAUUGAGGAGCCGGAUCCGGAUUUGGUUAAGGGGGAUGUGCCGGGCGAGGAGGUUGCGCCGGCGGCAUCGUAUGUGAAUUUUUAUUUCACGAAUGGGGGGCUUGUUAUUCCGAGGUUUGGAGAUGCGGUGACUGAUGCUAAGGCGUUGGAGACUUUGGCGAAGUUGGUUCCUGAGAGACGGGUUUGUCAGGUUGCUGUGAAUGCAUUGCCCCGGACUGGAGGUGUUUUGCAUUGUACGACGCAGCAGGUGCUGUGA